AUGAACAUUGCCCUGUCUUCAGAUGCCCUGGAUGUCUCGUUUCAUCCAGGGGAGCAGGUGCAUAAGAUCGCUGUCGGGCUUAUCAGUGGCAAGGUCCAGGUGUUUGAUUACUCUGCGAUGUUUAACGAGGAUGGAUCUUGCCAGUCGCCGCCUGAAGGCAAGCGCAAAAGCAAGCUGUACAAGCGGCUUUGGAGCGUUCGGCCCUCGCACAAAAGCUGUCGUGGUGUGGCAUUCGAUGCAUCUGGUGAUAAAAUCUACUGUAUUUUUAAAGACAAGUCUUUACUAGCUCUAGAUGCUGCCACCGGGGAGGUCCUGGCGAAGUGGGCCAAUGCGCAUGACUCGGCUCCGUCUCGUGUCCUGCCUAUUGAUGAUACCUUGGUUGCAACAGGAGAUGAUGAUGGUAUAGUACGGCUAUGGGAUCCUCGUUCACCGCCCUCGAAUGGUGCAGAGGCCAAGCCUUUGCAAUCCUAUGAUCACCACUCCGACUGGAUUACCGAUAUGCUCUGGUGCCCCCAUCUAGAUGCCCCUAAGGAACGUAAGAAGGAGAAGGAUGACUCUGCGAAACGGAAACGUGAGCCAGAGAGCGAGAGGAGUCGCUUGGUAGUGACCAGCGGCGAUGGGACGCUGAGUGUGAUUGAUGUACGCACAGGCAAGAAGGGGGUGGAAGUUAGUGAAGAUCAAGAGGAUGAACUGCUUUCUAUUGCCUCUAUUAAAGGGGGCAAGAAGCUGGUCGUGGGUACGCAGCUUGGCAUUUUAUCGCUUUGGGCUCCUUCGCGUGGUCUUUUAGAUCAUGUCGACCGCUUCCCUGGGCACCCUGCCAGCGUCGAUGCAAUUUGCACGUUGGACGAUGAUACAGUGCUGACUGGCUCUUCAGAUGGCCUUAUUCGCGUUGUCCAACUGUUCCCUCAUGAGCUGCUGGGGAUUGUCGGCGAUCACGAUGGUAUGCCUGUGGAGUGUAUGAGGCGGAAAGGGAAUUUGAUUGCGAGUUUGGGUCAUGGUAAUGAAUGUAAACUCACUGAUCUCACGUCGCUUCUUGAAGGUGAUGAUGAUGAGAUCGAUGAGGAUGAUCCACAAAUCAUUGACGGCGUUUCGAGUUCACAUCUGGCAACGCGUAGUGCGGGAGUGAGUGAUAAUGAGAGUAGCGACAGCGAUGCGCCUCGCGCGACCAAGCGACGCGCCAAAGGGAAGAAUGCGAUGGCAGCACCUACUGAGCCAUCAACACAAGACCAUGCAGAUUUCUUUGCCGAUUUAUAG